AUGAUUGAAGUGUCCAAUAGGCGAGGUGGAGCUGGCAGUGUCGUCCAUGUGCCUGUAGCACAAGUGUUACAACCCUCACUAGACAAUUUUCACACUUGCUCCAGUCCAGUCCAGUCCUGUCCAGUCCAGUCCAGUCCAGUCCAGUCCAGUUCAGUCCAGUCCAGUCCAGUCCAGUAUAAUCCAGUCAAGUCACCAUCUUCACGUUGUAUGAACCAUGAGUCAUCGACAGCUGCAGUGUCGAAUCCCGCAUCGGCUGGCUAUAAGCAGCAGCAGCAGCAGCAGCAGCAGCAGCAGCAGCAGCAGCAGCAGCAGCAGCAGCAGCAGCAGCAGUAUGGGCGGAGGGCUUAUGAGGUCGGUCACCAGACCACAAGAGGCAUCGCCACACUGCAUGUCGUCAAUUGGUCAGAUGGGUAUAUGGAUUUCUCGGAAAGGAAAUUCGUGUACCACUUGCAUCGUGACGACGUAGUUGCAUUUUGA